AGCACAUAAUUCUAUUCUAUUAUUCUAAAUCUACACUAUCUGCAAGACUUUUAAAUAAAACAUAUUAUUUGGCAUUCCAAUCUGUUGGAAAAGUUGCUUGAAUGAAUCACAUGAGUGCAGUUGCUUUAGGUGUAUGUUUUGCUGUCAAUUUAAUUAUCGAUGUUAUACUUAUAGUUUGUUUUAGUAAAUAGUAGUAUAUGCCAACUACGUGUGCAGUAAGUGGACCAACAGUGAAUGUGAUCAACUUCAGAGUUGUAGUAAACUCUUUAUCUCGCCUGUUAGCUUAUGUUAAUCAAUUUCCUGUUAUGCGACUUCCAGUUAUGGCUCCACCACUUGAAAUUUCAAGCAAAUCUCCUGACGUCCAGAAGGCAUCACAUGCGCCUCUUAAUGAGAGGAUACUCUCCUCCAUGACGAGGAAAAGUGUUGCUGCUCAUCCCUGGCAUGAUCUUGAGAUUGGACCUGGCGCACCAAUUAUCUUCAACUGUGUGGUUGAAAUAAGUAAAGGAAGUAAGGUGAAAUAUGAACUUGACAAGAAAACUGGUCUAAUCAAGGUUGAUCGUGUUCUUUACUCAUCUGUUGUGUACCCCCAUAACUACGGCUUCAUCCCUCGUACUCUCUGUGAAGACGAUGACCCACUCGAUGUAUUGGUCAUUAUGCAGGAACCUGUCAUUCCAGGCUGCUUUCUAAGGGCCAAAGCAAUAGGUCUCAUGCCCAUGAUUGAUCAGGGUGAAAAAGAUGACAAGAUAAUUGCUGUCUGUGCUGAUGAUCCUGAAUAUCAGCAUUACACAGACAUCAGUGAGCUUCCUCCCCACCGAUUGGCUGAAAUUCGUCGUUUCUUCGAAGACUACAAGAAAAAUGAAAACAAGGAUGUUGCAGUCAAUGACUUUCUUCCAGCCACAGUAGCUUAUGAAGCAGUCCAAUCUUCCAUGGAUUUGUAUGCAGAUUAUAUAGUGGAGACCUUAAGGCGGUAAUUUGGCGCAAGCAAGUGGAUGGUGCUUCAAGUUUAUAAUUUUUGAUCUGGAAGAAUACUUGCAACACAUCUGCACAAUAUAAGACGAUGAUGAUGACGAUGAUGAUGAAUAAGAAUUUAUAUGAUAGAGUAGAAUAUGAUAUUUGUUGGUAUGUGUAAAAAGGGAUUGGCGUGAUUGAUAUUUCACUAUAUUCAUAUGUAUACAACCUUACUAUAUUUGUUAUGGUUAUUCCAGUUCUUGCUUCUUCAGCACA